AUGUCGUUCCAGGCGCCCUACCCUCCUCCCUCCCUCAGCCCCUCGCCACAAACCCCCGGUCGGCUCUCCCCUGCCGGUUACAGCUCCAGGAGUGGUUUGGCCGGCCUCGGCCUUUCCUCGACUACGGCAGGACUCCCCAACAAGCUGGGAACUUUCUUUGAGCAAGAUCGCCCUCUACCCAUGUACAAAGAUAAGCCGCAUUUCGCCCCGCGGCGGACGGCUCCGAGGAAGAGGUGGAGACCGUUGUUAGCUCUACUAGGGCUGUCUAUACUCGCCUACUUCUUCUAUAACCAGCCCAAUAUUCCCAAAUGGCAGAUGUCGGGUGGAUAUGAUAAAGGCGCCGCGCUGUGGAAUUGGAUGCAGACGCUUGACGAUUCAUCUGUACCCGAGAAACUUGUUGACUGGAAUGCGCGCCGGGAAAAGGUACGCGAGGCGUUCCAGGUUAGUUGGGAAGGCUAUGAGAAAGAAGCAUGGGGCUUCGACCAAUACAACCCCGUGUCGGGCAGGAACAAAAACAUGGUUGAAGGCGGCAUGGGCUGGAUUAUUGUCGAUUCCUUGGACACUAUGAUCAUCAUGAAUCUCACUUCUGAAGUUCGACAUGCGCGGCAAUGGAUCUCUACUUCGCUGCAGUAUGAUCAAGACCACGAUGUCAGUACCUUUGAGACAACGAUUCGCAUGCUUGGCGGACUAUUGUCCGCACAUUAUCUUUCAACACAAUAUCCAAAUCUAGCGGCAAUCAAGGAAGAUGAUGUCGGUGCUUCUGGGGAGGAUUUGUACAUUGAGAAAGCAACGGAUCUGGCAGACCGACUCAUGGGAGCAUUCGAGACACACUCGGGAAUCCCAUAUGCGAGUGUGAACCUGAAUACAUCUCAGGGUAUCAAAUCGCAUAGUGAUGGCGGUGCAUCUUCCACUGCGGAGGCAACGUCUGUACAGCUUGAGUUUAAGUAUAUGGCCAAACUCACUGGCGAAGCCGAGUAUUGGAAGGCCGCAGAGCGAGUAAUGGAGGUCGUUGACCAACAAGAGGCUGAAGAUGGCCUUGUUCCCAUCUAUAUCCAUCCUGACAAUGGUGAAUUUAAGGGGGACAACAUUCGCCUCGGCAGUCGCGGUGACUCUUAUUAUGGUUUGUUCUAUUCGAGCCUCAUUAUUGCGCUUGCAAACACGGCAAGGCUAAUCACGUUCUUCAUCUUAGAAUACCUCAUCAAACAAUACCUCCAAACAUCGCAGGAAGAGCCCGUGUACAAAGCAAUGUGGGAUGAAUCUUUGCGAGGCAUUCGCAAGCAUCUGAUUGCCUUCUCUAAAGAUGCAAAACUGAUGGUUAUUGGUGAACGGCCAGCAGGUCUGAAAAAGCGUCUCUCUCCUAAGAUGGAUCACCUUGUCUGCUUUAUGCCAGGAACCAUUGCUCUUGGCGCUACUAGUGGCUUACCCCUGUCCGUGGCAAGAAAGUCUGCUACCUGGAACCAACAGCGCGAGGAAGAAAUUUUCAUUUCGCGCGAGCUGAUGAAGACCUGCUGGGCGACUUAUUUGAACACAAAGACCGGGCUAGCCCCGGAAAUUACCCACUUUGUCCUAGGCGAUGAACCAGUCAUGAUGGAAGACAAAUACCCAGAGCCAUCCAAGUCAGGAUCGACAUUCGAGAUGAGCAGUAUCUCUCAACCGCUGGCUUCUUUGCCGGAUGGCUCAGAGCCCUGGCGCAAGGAUGUCACUAUCAAGAGCAAUGACCGUCAUAACCUCCAACGACCCGAGACAGUCGAAUCCCUUUUCUACAUGUAUCGUAUCACCGGAGACGACAUGUACCGCGAAUGGGGCUGGGAAAUGUUUAAAUCUUUCAUCAAGCACACCGCCGUGCUUGAGGAGAAACCGCCAGCAAUUCCCGUCCCCGGAAGCGCUGGCACUUCGUGGCGCAUUAAGGGAUUUACCUCUCUUUCCAAUGCGAAUAUUAUCCCCCCGACUACUCGUGAUAACAUGGAGAGUUUCUGGAUGGCCGAGACUCUCAAGUAUUUCUAUCUUUUGUUCUCAGAUCGCGAUUUCAUCUCUCUUGAGGAGCACGUCUUUAACACUGAGGCGCACCCGUUCCCACGAUUCAAGCCUAGUGGCGAUCUAAAGACCGGGUGGCAGAGAAAGACUUCUCGCAAGGCUGAGAACUAG